AGCUUCCCGUUCAGCGAUGUCCCGCCGUGAGAUAAGGAGGACCCGACCACUGGUAACCAUCAUCGCCCUUGCCGUCAUGGCUAUUGGUGGCCUCAAGUUCAUAGCUGCCCGUUUCCAAGGAUCCUCCAGAUUCCUCGAAUUGCCAGCAAGAGUCCAAGUUGGAGCCUCUCCCGACCGCCGUUUCGUCGUCGGAGGCAACUGGAAAGCCAACGGGAGGACUACUGAACUUUCGGACCUCGUGAAUGGCCUCAAUGCGAUGGACUCUGUUGGGGACGUGGACGUCGUUUGCGCCCCGCCAACGCUUCACCUGGUGGAUGUCAGCCGAACCCUCCGACCAGACUUUUUCAUAGCCGCCCAAGACGUUUCACAGUAUGGCUACGGCGCUCAUACUGGCGACACUCCGGCGGAGAUGUUGGUCGAUUCUGGUAUCGAAUGGACUAUAGUGGGCCACAGUGAGCGGAGGCAGCACUGCGGCGAAACAGACGAGGUUGUGGGUCAGAAGACAGCGAGGGCCAUCGAAAAAGGUCUCAAAGUCAUAGCUUGCGUGGGUGAGACACUUGAGCAGAGGGAAGGUGGUGUGACCCUUGAUAUCCUCCAACACCAACUCCAGGCGAUUAUCAACCAAGUUGGUACCUCCCCGGCGAACUGGAGGUCCAUGGUUAUCGCAUACGAACCUGUCUGGGCGAUCGGCACAGGCCACAGCGCCUCCCCUGAGGACGUAGAGGCUGUCCAUGCAAGUCUCCGUCAGUGGCUUGCUGGCAAGCUCGGACGGGCAACCGCUGACAGUUUGAGGAUAAUUUACGGUGGCAGUGUCAAUGAUGCUAAUUGCGACAAUCUGGCAGAGCUCCCGGACGUGGACGGUUUCCUAGUUGGAGGCGCUAGCCUCAACGCUGCUAAGUUCGGCCGAAUUGUGAAUAGUGUGCAGCAAGGUGUGGACAGAUCAUGAUGACGAAGCGUUCCUCAUCGUCACUAAAAUAUUUAAUGCGUUUCUAUGGUUUGGCAGCCUAGUAGCCAGUUUGUAUG